CGAAGUUUGAAGUUACGACAACGACAACAAUCUAGCUGGAAGUGGAAAUAUGUUACAAAACUGUCUUUCUUGUCAUGCUAUGAGAAAAUGUGUCAUUAAAUAACUUUAAAGAUAAGGGUUCCACAUUGUUAUGAAAUCGAUGUAGUUACUUAAAAUGAAAAUGGAUCCUGUCAGUGAUUCUUAUUAUGAUGGAAGCCGAAUAUUCAAAUGGAUUACAGACUACACCAACAUAUCUAUUGACCUGAUAAAUUUCACCGCUACCCAAAUAACAGCGGUGCUGUUGGCACCCUUGUUCAGAGGAGUGCUGCAUCCAAAACACACCUCGCAAGAAGUCCGGCACGGCGUUGGCCUGCUUGUGGGGCUCAUUAUGGGUUAUUUUGCCUUUGGCAGGCAAGCAGUCCAUCUUGCUGGUCUGCCAGCCUUGUGUUACUUGGUGUUACGAACUCAGGACCCUCAUAUCUUUCAAAGUCUGGUACUGGCAGUGUCCAUGUUCUACCUAUCCUGUAUUCACAUUCACAGACAAAUCUACGACUACGGCUCACUUACAUUGGACAUUACAGGUCCACUGAUGGUGAUAGUACAGAAGGUGACAAGUUUAGCAUAUAACCUUCAUGAUGGCAUAACACAGGAAGAAGGACUAACUACAACACAAAAAUACUACGCCAUUAGAAAAAUGCCAUCGACAUUGGAGUAUUUUGCGUAUAUUUUUCACUUCCAAGUGUUGAUGGCUGGACCUGUAGUGUUCUACAGGGAUUACAUAGAUUACAUCAACGGUGACAACUUCCUUAAGCACACAGACUUGAGUGGUGACAACAUGCAAGCCAAGCUAAUGUUGGAGCCGUCGCCCACAAAGUGUGUGAUUAAAAAGAUAUCAGCGAGUGUGCUCUGCGCUCUGCUGUUUGUCACACUGGUUUCAUCGUUUCCGAUCAGCAAAGUCAAAGAAGAUGAGUUCAUAGAGCGUACAAGCGUAGUGUCUCAACUUUGCUACCUCAGUAUCGCCACAUUGCUGAUCAGGUUUAAGUACUACCACGCAUGGCUGCUAGCAGACGCCAUUUGCAAUCUGUCUGGUCUUGGUUUUAACGGCUAUUCAUCCGACGGUUCGCCCAAAUGGGACCUUAUCUCAAAUGUUGACGUCUUUCGAUUUGAGUUUGGCACGAGUUUGAAGGAGACCAUAGAGUAUUGGAACAAAGGCACCAAUGUCUGGCUGCGUAUGAUAGUCUACGAUCGCUGUAAAAACUAUAGAACUCUCCUCACGUACGCUCUCUCGUCCUUCUGGCAUGGAUUCUACCCCGGUUACUACCUAACAUUCGCUGGUGGCGCUCUCUUUACCUUCGCUUCACGAGCUGUGCGGCACAGUGUCAUCAGACACUCGUUCCAGACCAGUUCUGCGAUGAAAAACUUGUAUGACUUCAUCACAAUGAUCACAACUAGACUGGUGGUCACUUAUAUCACCUUCAGCUUUGUUGUUCUAGAGUUUUGGCCCAGCUUUCGCAUUUACAGAAACAUGUACUUCAGCCUACACUUGUUGGGUGUUGCUGCUCUUCUGGUACUACCCAUGUUUCCAGCUGGGACCCGUCGGCAGCCGUCUCCCAUUAAAGAUCAGUUCACCAAGGUCGCUUCCAACGGUCUUUCAGUCGGCAUUCAGGGUUAAUCUUCAUCUUCUCAUCUCCAUCUUCUCACACACAACCUACAUCAUUCCUACAACUAACAGAGUCACUAUGUUACUGUGCGGCUGUGAAAUCUUUAUUUUCUAUUGUCUAAAGCUUUUAUAUUUCCUUGUAUUGUCUACGCUAAUUUAGUAAUUUCUUACCAAGAGGGUUUGUCAAAAUCAUCCUGGACGUGUUACUCGUUUGUAACUUGUUGGUCAACGAAUAGUAUUGUACAAAUGAGUACAAGUUUAUUAUUUUUUAUACGAGAAGAUAUUUUACUGGUGUGUUUCUAUUGGCUAUUGGUGAUAUUUAUACGUUGUUACUU